AUGCUGCUAGACCUCCGUGUGAAAGCUGUGUGUGAAACGUCGCAAGCAAGUAAGGAUCAGCUCACAUUCAACACUUGAUUGCGUGGCAGGCAGGCAGUCUUGCAUAGCACACUGUGGCAAACCACACCGCAACAACAUCUCCGCGUCUCAGUCGCCGUUACCCAUCGAAUGAUUAGUAACUGUUGUUAUCUUGUUGUAAAAGAAAGAGAGAGAGACUGAAGAAAGAAAGACGUGUGAUCAUCUCUUACUACCUGUAGUAGUGCCGGUAGCUAGCUUGAGAGGCCAAGAAGCAUUCAAAUCCAUUCUUUAGAAGAUCGAGAUACCCCAAGACAUCAUUAUCCCCGGUAGGCCACCGCACUACUACCGUAUACCAUUUCUAUUUACGACUGUAUAAUAGAACCAUGGAUCCCGCCGCACAGAGGGAAGAGUCCUAUGUGGUUUCCGAUAUUGCCGUGAAUGGCUGGGAGCAAGAGGGGGAAGCCUACUACAGCUGCCACCAGGGAGGAUUUGCAGCUCCGUCAUCCGAAGGACCCGACUUGAUCCUCGUCAAUGAAGAUGUGAACUGGAAGUCCAGCCAACAAUUCCAAGCGUCUCGCCAGAUGAGCGAAAGCUUGCACCAAAGCAGCCAUCACCAGCCGUCUCGUGAGUUGAACAACGACAACGGCUUGAACCGCAGCAGCCAUCACCAACCGCCACGCCGUGAGAGUCGUAGCAGCCAACAACAGAGUCAGCAGCCGAGCCAGCGUAACCAACAACAACAGCAACAACAACUACCAAUUCGCAGCAGCCACACCGUCAACACCAACGGUACUCCUCAUACCCUUAAUAAUACUACCGGCCAUACCCUUAAUACAACCAACCACACAACAACUAGAAACAGCAUCAAAAGCACGACCGACACCAAGAACACAAAAGAAAAGGACGAAGAAAAAGGCGAAUACAGCUUCCAUUUUGGAACCACUGUGAUUGACAAGGGCAAGAGAGGAAAAGACUUGACGGUCACGUUGCUGAUGAUGGGUGCAUGUGUGAUUGGUGUGGCAGCCGUUGUUGUGGUACUGGUCAUUCUCAAACCAUGGGAAUCCAAUGAGGACGAACCUUAGGUUGCAGACAGGUGAUGGUCUAGCUAUCUAGGGUAUGUUACAACUGCAGCAAUUCCGCUUUGCAGAAUGAUACCCUCUAGCUAGCUAGCUACUAGCUAGCACGCUGGAUUGCCCGCACCUCUUGUUGUGGCACCUUACAAUUUAGUUAGGUGUGGGUAAAAUGGUCCGCCCUCGAAACGUUCAAGUAAAACACCCUCACCUCCUCCUUUUUUCAAGCAAACUGUUUUGAUUUUUCAAAUCCACAAUCUGUCCACAUAGUAAAAAAAAAGAUAAAAUUAGUUGUUUCAUAGAGCGGUCCCC